AUGCAGGCCCUUAAACGCACAGCAACAAAUACCGAGUUGCGGAGACUCUCGUCCACAAUCACCAAAACCCAUUUCAUAUCCAGCACCAAUUUCAGACCCUUCUCCUCCAACUCAAAGAAAGGCGACGACGACUGGAACGACGCCUGGGAGACCGCCUGGCUCCCGCCCGACCUCUCAGGAAGUAGUAGCAGAGCUCCAUGGGAGACCGACGUCAAUUUCUCGUCUUCAGAGUCGAGCGUAGUGCUUCCGUCAGACGCAGACCUGGAGACUAAGGCGUUCGUGGAGGACAUGAAUGAGAAUUGGAACGAGAGAAGAAAACCCAAAGAAGAAAAUCCGCAGAAGCAACAACAGCAGAGUGAGAAUGGGUCGUCGCUUUAUAGCUUGGAUAGUAUUAAGAAGGACUAUAGGGUCAAGAAACAGAGGAUCCAUGCUGGCCUUUGGAUGAAGGAGAUUGAGAAGCAAGAGGAGGCUAAGUUGGCCGACUCGAAUUCUUUCGGUGGCGGGGACGAUAUCGAGCGAUUGCUCGAUAGCUGCUCCGACAUUUUUGAUUCUGCCAACAACGAUUUGGAAAACUCUAGAGUCCCAAGUGCUUCCGACUUCAAAAACAAACCGGAUGGUUGGGAAACGACAUCCAAGGCUAAGGAUGGAAAUGUAUGGGAGAUGACCCAGAGAGAAGAAGAUAUUCUUCUCCAAGAGUUUGAGCGUCGAAUUGCGUACAAUAAAUUUCAGAUUGCUAGUUUUAUCAAGACUCACAUAUUUAGCCGGAGGAGACCAAUUGAUGGGUGGAAAUACAUGAUAGAGGAGCUGGGGCCAAAUGCAAGGAAAGGGAAGGGUUCUGUUACAAGAUUACCGAGUCUAUCUGAUGCAUCAACCCAACCCUUUAAGGAGGAAACCAGUGCAAUGAGCAGCAGCAGCAUUAUGCCCUUUAAGGAGAGGUAG